AUGAAUGGAGCUAUAGCAAAUGUUCUGAACAAAGUUUUAGGAGAUAUUACAGAAAACUUAAACCCAGAACAGCUUAAAAUCUCUGUCUUUAAUGGUGAAAUGAGCUUAGAAAAUCUGAAAUUAAAAUCUGAAGCAAUCAAAACAUUAGGCUUACCUUUUGAGCUGAAAUAUGGGUAUAUAGGAAAGCUGCAUGCAACAAUUCCGUGGACAAGCCUGACAUCAAGCCCAUUGAAAAUUGAAAUCAGUGAUGUAUUUAUCCUGCUAACCCCUAGACCUUCAUCAGACUGAAAUGAAGACUUAGAAAAAGAGAUGGUAAUGUCAUCAAAAAAUAAGUCAAUCGAAAACUUCGAAGUUUUAUAAGAAAUUUCAAUGAUUUUAGUAUUUUUUAUUAAAAAUAAUAAAAAAAAUUAAUUAUAAAGUGGAAAAGGAUAUAAACUCGUCUGAGCUGUCUGUAAAUUCUGACCCUGGCUUUACAGAAAAACUGGUCACAAAAAUCCUUGACAACUUGCAAAUUACCAUAAAUUCAGUCUACAUCCGCUAUGAAGAUUCAUCAUCAAGUAUAUCCAAUUUUGCAAUAGGUUUAGCGAUAAAAAGUGCCCAAGCAAUUACCACGAAUUCUCAAUGGAAUAAAGAAUUUGUCACAGACAGCGCUAUAACCUAUAAACUAGCAUUAUUAGAAGAUAUUAGAUUCUUUAUAGACCAUGGCGAUUCUCUAAUAAAAAGUGAUGAAGUAGGCGGCUUUGAUUCUUUGGCAAGGCUAGAAAUGAGUUCUCCACUAAACCAUAGGUUUAUCCUUAGCCCUUCAAAUUUUCGCCUAGAGAUGGUCAUGAAUAAAAACCCAAAAGACUUGACUAUGCCUCAAGUUUUAGCAAAUUUAUAUAAUACAGAAAUAAAUAUAGGGAUUGAGACAAAUCAAUUGACUCAUCUGUUUAAAUUGGUCGAUUUUGUGGCAUAAAUAAAAUGCAAUUCGGUGCAUUGAAACUUUCUCUUCCUCAUAGAAUUUUAGUUAUGGAUUCAGUUUUAUAGGAGAACUUUUAGCCACAAUAUCAAUACGAUUUAUCGGAUUAUGCAAUUGGAGGGAUAAGUUUUUAUAGUUGACACUUCUAAAGGAGACCCUUAGGUAAAAUACACGCAGGAACUAAGUUUGGAAGGCAAGAUAACGAAGCGUGAGGUUUGGAGGAGAACUAGCUGCCACUUACUUAGGAUGGUCCUUCGACCUGAUAAGAAGGGUGAAGUAGGAAACACCAGCGACAUCGCUAGUCUUGCUGCCAUUCUGGAUGAGCCCUGGCGGCUUUUGUAAUAAUCCUGCGGAUCCAUGCAGCAUACUAAGCAUUCUAAGUAGUUUAAGUUUAAGAUCGAUUUUAUGACAUUGUACACGAAUUUUAGGAAUGGAGUGGUCACUUCUUUUAUUGAAAUUCCGUUUACCAACGAAGAAGCCUCAGCUUAUAGGGAUAUAUUUCAAUAUAAAAUAAAUAAACAAUUUAUUUUUAUUUAAAAAAAAAUCAAAAUAAUUAUAAAUAAUAGAAUAUAUAAGCAAUGAAAAAUUUACAGCAAAGGAAAAGACCAAAAUAAAAUAAAUGGGCUUCAAAAUCAGCUAGAAAAGUGGGAAAAAGGGUAUAAAUUGGAUUCUAUAUUAAAAAAUCGUGACGCUGUUAAUAAAGAAUUAGAAAUUAUUAGAAGAGAAGAAGCAGUCAAACAAGAAAUCGAAAAACUUGAAACAGAAAACAAAGGAGGCAGACUUUCUGCAUUUACUGGGUAUUUUUGGGGAAAAAAAGAAGCUGAUAAAAAACUAGAAGAAGAGGAAAAACAAAGGAAAAGGAAAAUAAUCGAUGAGCAGCUAAAACAAAUUCUCCAUGAAAAAGAAAAAUUUGCCUCAGACGUCGACCAAUUCAUAGCCAACGCCGAAGUUUUUGCAAACUUGCCUAGCACUUAUUCAAGAUUUAUAGUAAAACUCCGUGUAGACUUAACAAAAAUUACUAUAAAAGACAGUGAAAAAGAAUUUUUGGUGCUUUUGGUCAACAAUUUUUCAGUGGAAACUGGCAUAAGGCCAUCCUCUUCCUAUGUGAAAAUUUAUGUAAAAAACACGAUUUUAGAAGACAGAAUUGUAAAAAGCCAAGCAUUUCCUUACCUUAUGUUCAAUGAAUUUUUAAACAUAAAUUUUGACCAACUUCCACAGCCAAAACUUAUAAUAGAAUCAGGAGGGUCGAAUAUUGUGCUGAAUAUUCGGUCAUUCUUGGCUGUUUCUGAUGCAUUUUCUUCAGCCAUUGCACAAAAGGUGGAUUUUAAUAAAUAUCUAAAAGCGGCAUCUGAUAAAACAAAUGAAUAUAUAAUAAUGGGGCAAAAUUAUAUUGGAGAAUUAGUGAAAACAGGAGCAAAAGCAACUAUUGAGCUUGAUAUUAGUAUGAAAGCGCCUGCUAUUUUUAUUCCGUUGGAUAUCUAUAGUUUAGAUGAAGGAAUAUUGGUGGUAGAUCUUGGUAAUUUUAAAGGAAAUUCCAGCAUACAACAAAUUGAUGAUACAGAUUAUGAUAAAUAUCAUUUUUCAUUAGAAGAUAUAAUGUGCUAUUUUAAAUUUAUUUAUAAAGAAUAUACAAAUUCUAAUUAUUAGAAAUUACCCUAUUUCUAAUAGUAAAAAGAAGUCUGAUAUUUGCAGGGAUGCUUAUAUUGAUUGCAAAUAAGCAUAAAUUGGCUAUUAAUAGUACGAAUAAUAAUUUUAAAAAAAUCAUAAUGCAAAACCAUGGUUAUUUUCAAAUUAAUUAUGUAAAACAUAGCAAAAUUGCUGUUAUAAAACACUGCGAUAGCUUAGUUUCGUGGAGAUCUGGAUCUUUCCAAGACUUUCUGCCUUCCCACAACUUAAACUUAGACCUAUUUAACUGCAAAAACAAACAAGAAAAUGUGCCAGGAUUCAUACUAGAAGCUAAAUUCAGCGCUAUGCAUUUUGACUUAGACGAGUCUCUGCUUCUUUUUUCUUUAAAGCUCAAAGACAGCUUACUUGAAUUACUACCAAAAUCUCCUCCUGAGCCAAAAAUAGAAGUCCCUGCCAUUAAUUCUGAAAAUAUGUUAGACGAAGCUUUAAAAGACAAAAUGAAGCGCAUUGACAAUAUUAUUGGAGUCCUCGCAAAGGCAGAAGUAGAAGGAAUUUCUUUAAAACUCAGAAGAGGGUCAAGCGAGCUCGGGAUGCUAAAUAUAAAUUCUUUAAAAAUGGGUGUCCAGCUCAACAAAAAUGGAGACGUCAUCGGAAAUCUAAGCCUAGAAAGAAUCGAAAUGAGAGACCUCAGAGACGGAAUCGAAAUCAGAGAAAUUAUUUAUAACCCUAUAAAAUUCGUAAAAGCUGACGAAGACGAAUUUGUGGACGCAGUCGAAGAAAUAAUCCAGAUAUCUGUCAAAUUUACGUUAAAACCUAGAGAAGACUCUUUAGAGCUAUCACUAUCUUUGAGUGAUUUACGUAUAAUGGCGACCCCAGAUUAUAUCGAAGACAUCAUGAAAUUUUUUUCUUAUCAGCUGCAUGAAGCUUCAGUUUACCACCAAGAAAAAAUAGACACAAUGGUAAAUUCUCACUACACCACUGCUUUUAAUACAAAAUUAUCAGCAGAAAUGUCAAAUUUCGAGCUCUGGGUUCCAAUUGAUCCUAGAAACCAUCACAAAAGAAUAGGCUGUUUCCAUUUUGGGCUGUCAAUUAUUUAUAAUUCUUCACAGGAAUAUACCAGCUAUUUUAAUUCAAAAAACGAGAUAAUUAAAAAAGAUUUUAUUUCGAUUAAUGAUGAAGCCACAAUUGAAAUCACACAUAUUGGAGGACUUGUGGGGCUUAUUCAUAAGAGCCAAAUACAUUUAACAGAAGAAAGGUCUCAAGAUUUAUUAAAACCAAGCAGAAUCAGUAUGAAUUAUUUUUGCACAAAAAUGAAAGAUAGAGAAACCCAGAUUAAAAUUUUGGUAAAUUUAUAAAAAAAUAUUUAAAUAUAAAAAUAAUUUUUUUUUUAUAUUUAUUUUUAAAUAAAUAUUCAUUUAUAGAGGAAUAGAAAGUUUAUGGCUUGAUAUUGGGUUUAGAGAUCUGCAGUUUUUCAAAGCUUUAGCUGAAAAUUGGAAAAAUUUUAAGCCUGCUGAAGCGGUGGAGGAUGAAGAAAUUCUGUUAGAAGAAAUCCAUACAGUUGAGACUAAUAUGGAUAUAUUUAUAGAAUGCGAUUCUUUUCAAAUCAGAAUGCUUGAUGACACUGGAUUAAAAGCUUACUCUUUGCUGCAUUUACAUUUAAGCAAUUUUUCUUCAAAAAUUAACCUGAAAGGACCAUAUCUUGAUGUAAACUUGUCAGCGUUUAUUUUUGCUGAUUAUUAUAAUUUAGAAAUUGCUGUAUGGGAGCCACUAUUAGAAGAAUGGGACUUUGAGCUAAAUGGGAAAAGAGAAACUGCUGAUUCUGUGAUGCUAAUUGAAUUUGUAUCGUCAAGAAUCUUUAAUAUCAAUUUGACCCUCCAUAAUUUAGAAAUGCUUGGGACUUUAAUUACAAAAUUAAGCCAAGAUAGCUCGUUUUGGAAUGAAGAAGCUAUAAGACAGUCACUUACUGAUAAUUCUCAAGAAGCGUCCUAUGGGAAUUUCAUGUACGUCCUUCACAAUAAUUUAGGAGAGACAGCAAAUAUUUGGCUUGAUGUCCCUGAAACUACUGAAAAAUGGCUAAUAAAUCCUAACCAGUCUAUAGGCUUUGGCCAAAAACUAAUAGAUAAGCUAUUUAUGGGCUCCCAAAGCAUAAAACAUGGGAUUAUGGAAGAUUUCCAGCCGCCAGCUUCUAUUUCUCUAGAAAUCGAAGGAUAUCAGCCUGCAUCAGGAAUUAUAAUAGAACGUGUUGGAAUAAGAGGUUUUUCAUUAAAAGGCAGAGAUUCAGAACUUUCGUGCCUAAUCUCAGUAAAAGCUGUAGAUAAUGAAAAACAUAUCUAUAUUCAAUCAGCUACAGAAUUUGUGAACUAUACCUCAGAAAUCGUAAAUUUGGAAUACUCGGGAGAAAUAUUGGCUGUUCAGGGAAAUUCUUCAUUACCUUUACCGUUAAAAUGGUCAAAGGAGAUCGGCGGAUAUCCGCUAAUCAGCACACAAAGUGAGCAGAAACCAGUGAUAGAAGAAGGCUGCAUUCAGCUUAAUGAAUCUUCAUGGGCAAUUCUUGAAAUCGACCAUUAUAAAACAGAAACAGAUAUAGACCAAAGGCUUAUACAGCUAAAACCACCUUACGUUUUUUCCAAUUUUCUACCGUGCCCUAUAAAUGUAUUUUUCAAUCACAUCGAUUUUCCUGCAGGCACAGUAAACCCUGGAGAAUAUUUUUCAACCUUAAAUAUCGACCCAAGACGAGAAGAUAUACAAUUUCCCAUAAAUCCCAUUUUUUCUAUUAUUUUUUCAAAAAAAAUCUUAUUUGCAUUAAUUUUAAUAAUAUUCAAAAAAUCCAGUUAAAUAUAGACCACAAGUUUACUUUAGAAACUGAAUGGUCAAGCCUCUGUGAUUUCCAAUACACUCAAGCCCUUCUUCAAGGUAAUUUUUCAGGAAAUUCUAUCACAUUGGACCAAAGUCACAAUACCGAGAAAAAAUCCCAAAUAAUAAAUCUCUCUGAAAGAAAAAUAGUAAAAAAUGAAAUAAAAAGAGUCAAUGAAAGCAAGCUGAUUGAUAUUUAUAGCGAAUACUGCAUCGUAAAUCAAAGUAAUUAUUACCUUGACUGUGGUAUAGGCGAAAUGAGAAUAAAUCCUCACUCAAUAGGAUUUUUUGACGAUAAAACGUAUUUAAAGAUAAAAGCAGCCGAAGAUGAGCUAGGACCAACAAGUUCAUGGUCAAAAGAUUUUAAUAUUGAUGCAGUCGGGGUGUCUGGGUUAAUUACCUUAGACAAUUCUCAAGCGAGACAGCUAGACCCUAAAGCUCCAGAAGUAAUAUUGCUAGGCGUCCGUGUAAUUGACGCUCCUCCACCUUUAAUCAAAAGCAGAAUUGUCUAUAUCACUCCACGAUUUAUGAUAAAUAACUACCUAGGCUACGAAAUCUAUAUAAGACAAGUAUCAGAUUCUUCAGAAAACAUAAAAACACUAGAAAGCUCAGCCUCUUUGCAAUACCAGCUUGACUCUGCUAAUGAUUCCAAAUUAAUCCAGAUUUCCCGCAAUGGUGUCCACUGGUCAUCUCCAUUUAAUAUCCAACAAAUUGAAGAUUUUCAUAUAAAAAUCCAAGCUAAGGAAGAAGAAAAAUCUGAAAUUCAGCAGGACUGGUUUCGACCGUCAGCUCAGAACAAUUUUAUGCAUUUUAUAAGGGUAAUUGUAAGCACUGAAGAUGAGUCUUGUAUUCAUAUAUCAUUAGUCACACCUUUAGAGCCUGAAUUUAGGAUAUGUAAUUAUACAGAACAAGAAAUUACGGCGUAUCAAAUUGGGUAUAGCCAUUUAUGGUAUGGCUUUCUAUAUAUGAAUAAACUUAUUUUAAUUAUUUUAGAUAAAAAAAUAGGAAAAUAAUUAUUAUAUAGAAUUUAGAUAGGUGUAGUUAUUCCACCAGGAGAAUGUGCCCCAUGGGCUUUUGAUAACUUAUGUAAUGAAAAUGUAAUACAGGUCGCCUUAGGGACUGCUAUUAAAGGAUAUUCUUUAGAAAAUAUAGAAAAACUUGGAGAUCUUGGCCAGUUCUCAGCAGAAGUAUUUAUUAAUGGAGUUACGAGGGAGUUGCAUAUUUCUCCACCAGAGCCAAAGCUAAGGCGGCAACAGACAAUUUCAAAGAAAAAAAUGCAGGGUUUUAAGUUUAUUAUAUAUUUAUAUAAUAAUUUUGAAAAUAAAUAUUCUACUAACAAAAAUUGCUUAUGUGUUUUUUUUUCUCGGUAUAUAUCUUUAGCUGGAGCCGGAAUAUCAGUUAUUGAUAACAACCCAUCAGAAAUGUACUAUUUAAGUCUGCAAUACCUCAGGCUUAAAUUUGUAUCCAAACAGAAAUUCGUAGAAGACGGAAUUGAAAACCUAUUAAAAUUCGAUUUAAGCUUAAAAUCUUUACAAUUAGACAACAUGCAAGCAAUUGAUGAUAUGUAUCCUGUCAUUUUCAGUCCAAAAAAACUCCCAGCAGACGAUGACCCUCCUUUCAUUCAAGCAAAAAUCCAUAAAAGCCGCAUAACUAGAACGGAAAAUGAGCAAGAAAUUUCUUCAAUAGAAAAAUAUUCAUGGCUUGAAAUUUUGGUAUAAGAUUUUCCCUUAAAUAGCCUAUUGGCCAUCUCUAAUAAUUAUUAUUCUUAGAAAUUGUAGAAGGCUAUUCACGGAAAACCCCUAUACAAGAAAUGCAAUUUCAGCUGAAUUAUGAAAUUUUAGUAACAUUAGCUUCCCAUCUAAAAGUUUUGCAAGAUAAAUUAGGAGUAAAGCCAGAUUAUAAGAAAAAAGACCAUCAGUUGACAAUACUAGAACUAUGCCCACUUUUAGACGCUUCAGAUCCAAAAUUAAAAGCCAACCCAUCACAGGUUUCGAAAAAAAAUUAUUUCCAAUUUAUUCGGCUUUGCGCGAUGAAAAUUUAUGUUUCUUUUAAAAUUUCAGCAAAACAUAUUGAGCUUGAUCCAGGCUUGGCGUUUGGGAUUUUUAGAGCGAUAGCUUCAAUUAGCUUAUGGCUUGUUAAUAUUUUUAAUUAAUUAAUUUAUUGCAUUAUUAAUAAAGCCUUUUUCUUAUUUUCUAUAUCAUUUUAUUAAAUCAGUCCAUAAGAUAUUAAAUUUGUUAUCUAAAAAUGUUAUACAACAGACACUCCUCUAUAUUUUAAAGAGCUUUUAGUCGAAAAUUCAUUCCAAACCAUUUCAGACCUCUCCAAACUCGUCAUUUCUAACUAUAUCCGCCAAGGAAUCUUUCAAUUUUACAAUCUUAUCGGCUCCAUUGACAUUCUCGGCAACCCUAUCGGUCUUAUCGACAAGCUUGGAACUGGUGUAUUUGAGUUCCUUAACGAGCCUGCCAAAGGUGCCUUAAAAGGUCCCAAAGCUUUUGCCCACGGCAUCGAAAAAGGAAUCCGCUCACUUGUAGGAAAUGUCAUAUCAGGAGGUUUUGGAAGUGUCUCAAAAGUGACUGGAAAAUUAUACGGAAUUGUCAGAGAAGUAGGAGGGGAUAAUAAAGCAGCUGAAAGGAUUAAUGACAGUGAUAAUGCAAUACUUGACAUUUAUGGAGGAGUUAAAGGCGGAGUUAAAGACCUCGCUGAAGGAAUUACUGGGAUUUUUACGAAGCCCAUUUCUGGUGCUAAGGAAGCAGGAGCUUCUGGGUUUCUCAAAGGGAUUGGGUCAGGGAUUAUUGGUGCAUUUUCAGCACCAGUCUCUGCAGCUUUGAGGCUAGGCGUCGGGAUUGCUUCAGGAAUGACGAGCGCAGGGACAUUAAUUGCCCAAGGAAAAGUAAAUCCUCGUGGUAGAGCUCGUUUUCCAAGAUAUUUUAACAUGAGAAAAGUCCUUGAGCCUUAUAAUAAUGAAACAGCCCAAGCACAAGACUUAAUCAAAAAUAUUCCAGAGUUCAGCAAAGAACAAAUUGUAUUUUAUUUGCAUUUAGCUGAAAAAGAAGAUAUUAUUGUAAUAUUGACGCUGGACCAUUUAUUAGUGCUUAUAAAUGCAGAAUUAGCGAAAUUCGUAAGUAUUGGAGAUAUAAGUUCGUUGGAAAUCCAUAGAACAGGAGCAAAAUUCACAUUGUGUGCUGGGAACCCAGAAAAUCAAAUAGUUCUGAACUCAAGCUCGUUUAGCUCGUUGGCAAAGCUAUAUUCAGCUAUAUCAAGCUUGCCUUCAUUUAAAGCUUCUGAGCCAAAUAUCAAAAAGAUUGCAUUCAAAAAGGGUUAUAGGUCUAGCUUUUUAAGGAAUCAUAAUUAA